GAAGGGCCCGCCCUGGUCCACUCUCCCGAAGGAUGGAUGAUGGCAGCAGCGAGGCUUGAUCGGAGAACUCAGAGAGACGCAGUCGGGCUGGAGCGCCUCCUUUACGACAGGGGCUGGUCUCGGCCACCUGACGUUUGCACUCCCGGGAGACGUGGAAGGGAUCCGAGACCUCCCCCACCCCCCGACCCCCGGAGGUCCCGGGGAGUUUGGAAACGACGCCUCUGACUUAGUUGGGACCGUGGAGCCCAGGGGGACGCCGAGGGGACCCAGGGAGCCAGCUGGCUCUAGCUGGGGAGUUGGGGCGGGCUUGCUCCCGGGAGGGAUCCUGGGGCGGGGAGGAGAUGGGAGGGACGCCCCAGGUGGCCCUCUGAACUAGCCUUUUGCCACUGGCUGGCCACAGGGCGGAAGAGAAAAGUCCACGACCAAGCCCUCUCUGGGAGCUUGGGUCUCCGAGAAGAAGCCUAGUGGGGGACGCCCAGCAGCCAAGUCGAGAACGUUUGUCCCACCUGCGGGCACAAAACUGAGGCUGGAGAACCGGGAUUUAAGAGAUGUCGGAUUCCCUGGCAGUGUGUGAAGUGGACCCGGAGCUAAAGGAAAAGCUGAGGAAAUUCCGCUUUCGAAAAGAGACCGACAAUGCAGCCAUCAUAAUGAAAGUGGACAAAGCCCGCCAGAUGGUGGUGCUGGAAGAAGAAAUCCAGAAUGUUUCCCCAGAAGAACUCAGGUUGGAGUUGCCAGAGAGACAGCCCAGAUUUGUGAUCUACAGCUACAAGUACUUGCAUGACGAUGGCAGGGUGUCCUAUCCUUUGUGCUUCAUCUUCUCCAGCCCUGUGGGCUGCAAGCCUGAGCAACAGAUGAUGUAUGCGGGGAGCAAAAACAGGCUGGUGCAGACAGCAGAGCUCACAAAGGUGUUUGAAAUCCGCGCCACAGACGACCUCACGGAGGCCUGGCUUCAAGAAAAGUUAGCUUUCUUCGGUUGACCUUUGAGCCAGAAAUUUGAAAUGCUUACGUCUGAAGACUCAGACUCGUAGGCCAAUGAACAUGCAAGAGCUAAAUAAAGAUUGAAAAGUCGGGAA